CGAUCAGACGGAGGUCCUGAUAAGACUGACGGAGACUGGCGGGCGAGGCCGAGCGCAGACGGUGAUGACGCCGGGCCACGACGUGGAGAGGAUUCCUUCGGGGAAAAAUCGCGGGACCGCUUCGACCGUGACGGCCCGCGCAGAGACGACAGGUAUGAGGGCGGGCGAGACAGAGACCGGUUCAGGGAGCGCUACGAUGACCGGGACCGCAGAGACUACGACAGAGCAGCCUUUGACUCGCGAGGCGGGGGCCGCCGGGCCUUCGGCAGCGGGUUCAAACGGGAUUACGACGACCGGCGGGACGACUUCCGGGGCAGCAGCGAUCGCUACGGAGACCGCGAGGACCGUUUCGAGAGGCGGGAGGAGCGCCCGUCCAGGGACGAGAGGCGCGAAGAGAGAGGUCCUGUGCAGAGACCCAAGCUGAACCUGAAGCCCCGCAGCGUCCCGAAGGAAGAGGAAACCGCGGGACCUCCGGCACAGACUGGCCGCGCUUCCUCCAUCUUCGGGGCCGCCAAGCCUGUGGACACCGCGGCCAAGGAGCGGGAAGUGGAGGAGAGGCUGAAGAAAGAGCAAGAGAAGCUACAGAGGCAGCUCGAGGAUGACAAGGGCAGAGUCAUCGAGCGCCGACCUCGGGAGAGACACCCGAGCUGGCGCAGUGAGGAACAGCCUGCUGAACGGUCGCGGACAGGCAGCGAGUCCUCCCAGCCAGGAAGCACUGGGUCCAACACUGGCCGUGCCACCCGCCGUAGGGAGAGCGAGCGCUCGGUGGAGAACGAGGUGUUCAACCGUGAGGAGGACCCCCCCUCGCCCGGGACCCGCCCCCCAGCCAAGCAGGACACCCUGCCUCUGAAAGUAGUGCCGGCCCCCCCGCCCAAGGAGAACGCCUGGGUGAAACGCCCCACGGUGUCUGGAGGCUCCAGCGACCAGGACCCCCGCUCUCCAGUGUCGCCCAGCGGCAAUGCACCGCCAAGCUUCACCGGCCCAUCAAUCUCUCCCGAUGGCAGUGUGACCCAGAAAGGAAGAGAUGAGAACCGGUCAGACGGUGUUCGCCGGGACAGACCCCCUGCGAAAGGGAGGGGGGGCUCUGCAGGUCCCGGGACAGGGAGGGGGCGAGGAGAAGGAGCAAACAAAGACCGACGAAGGGAGGCAGACAGGAAAGACAGCAGGAGGGAUCGAGACUCUAAACCAGCACCUGAGCCAAAGAGAUACGAGGAAUCUCCAAGCCCUAAGUUCAGCUCAGCGAGUAAGUUUGCAGCCUUGCUGAUAGACGAGGACUUGGAGGAGAAUGCUGAAUAAAAUCAGUCUGUCUUCACAGCAGCAGCCACCGCCACCACUGCCUACCGCUUCAAAAUAAACCCAGCCCCCCGCGGCGAAGGCAACCUGAUUUACUGCU